UUCCCCUACCUACCCGCGCGCCAUGUCCCACCACCACUACCACCGCCGCCGCGCUGUGCUGUGUGUCGGCACGGCACGGCACCGUCGUCGCAGCAGCAGCCCAGCAGCAGCAGCAGCAGCCGCCGCCGCCGCCGCCACACCAUCGUACCAGGCGGGCAAGCAGCCUGUAUUCCUCGGUUCGUCGUCGCCCAGUGCCGAGCCGAGGAUACGCGAAUCCCGAAGACAAUGAAGAUAUUGGUGUUCGUCGUUGCAUCGCUCAUAGCAAUCGCGGGAUGGACCGAAGCUCGUCCGGGAUGGGAAAGGUUUCCAGGGCCUGGCUACCAAGAUGGAAGAGGAAACUAUCCUAACCGCGGUCCUUGGCAAUAUCCACAACGAGUAGAAAACAAUGGGUUCAGUUCCGACGUCGAGUGGGUGUGCCAAAACCCACGGACGAACGACAUAAUGAUUAUCGCCUCCGACGACACACGACACACGCCGCAACAAUAUCCCGACAGGAGACCGUGGCAGUGGCAUAACGUUUCACCAGGCCAGCAUCAUUCGCACGGAAACCAUGGGACUCAGCCAAUCAUCGUGGUCGAAGAAAUUCCAAGCACUGAUAAGAGUCGAAUACCACCGCCACUUACGCCGACCACGGGAAUUCCUAUUAAUAACGACAAACCUACGCAAUCACCGCCUUAUCACGGCGGAGAAGGGAAUAUCGAUAUCAGACUAGGAGAAUAGUUAAGCAGAAUAAUUUGUAUUUCUUAUAUUUAAUUAAGUCGCUUUGAUUAAAUGAUUAUUUAAUUUA